AUGCGCCUCUUGGAUCGUUUUCUUCAUCGUCAGUCGCCUAAAGAAGCGCGUCCGUUAUCUACUGCCCAUCCAAAACACAAAACAUACAGAUUCUUACCAAAAAGAUGGUUUGGUACCUUGUCACCUCCAAAAGAAAGGCACAAGGUCCAAAGUGAUGAAAUACUAUUGAGCCAAUGCAUUCAAACAGCCCUAUCACCGUCCAAUCGAUGGUCUAUGGGAACCUUACCUGCCGAUCUCAGGACAUCUAAUCGACCUCCUCUACCAUCUUUUCCUCUCUCUCCUAUCCCUGAAAAUCCUACAAUAUCCAGACGUCAGUCUCGAGUGGUCUAG